AUGGUAACAACUAGAAGCUCCAAGAAGAACGUCCAAAAGAAGACACCAACUGAUGAAGUUGCUGUUAAUGUUGAGAAGACUGAUGGUAACUUGGACAUCGUAUCUUCAGAUAGCGAAUCUGAAGAAGCUUCUGCCGACGAACUAAACUCAGAUAUUGAAGGUUUAUCUGAAUCUGAUAACGAAGAUGGUUCUAAACAUAACAUCAAGAAAUUAAAGUCCAAGAAGAACCAAGGUGAUGAUGAAAACAAAAAGGAUAAGAACGCUCAAUAUUCCAGUAUCAUAUAUGUUAGUAGACUUCCACAUGGUUUCCAUGAAAGAGAACUAAGUAAAUAUUUCUCACAAUUUGGGGAUUUGAAAGAAGUUAGAUUAGCUAGAAAUAAAAAGAGUGGUAACUCUAGACAUUAUGGUUUCAUAGAGUUUGCCAACAAAGAAGAUGCUAAAAUCGCACAAGAAACUAUGAACAAUUAUUUACUUAUGGGUCAUCUUCUACAAGUUCGCUUAUUAGGUAACGGUGCUAAGAUUGAAAAAUUAUUCAAGUACAGAAAGAGAGCCUACGUAGAGGCUGAUGUUAAAAAGACCGCUAAAGAAUUACAAAACGGAGCUGUUGCUAAACAAGAAGCCAGAAUGGCCAAAUUAGCCGAAGCAGGUAUUAAAUUCUCAUGGUAG